AUGCCUUCGGUGCUGGUCGAGACAGUGUGCCCAAUACCAUUAUCGUUACCGAAUCACGCGAGUCCGGUCAUGGAUUCCUCAGGUGCGUCUGGCGCAGACAAGAAGCGCAAUAAGCUUGGAUACUCUCGGACGUCAGUCGCAUGUGGUCAGUCUAUUUUUCAUCCUCCGCUUUGCGUGAUGCACUGCCGUCGACGCAAGAUCCGAUGCCUGGUAUCAGCAGACGACAGUGAAGGCCGCUGCGAGAACUGCAUCCGACUCAGAAAAGAAUGCCAGUUUUACCCUGUAGACCAACAACCACCGACUGAUCGCAAAGCGCGGCCCGGAAAUACGCCGACGUCGUCCGCCGAUCCUUCAAUAGCUUCAUCAUCGCCACCCUCGGCGGUUUUGGGAGGAGCAGGAGGAGCAGCAGGGGGACCCAUAGACCCCAACGAUAUCUACCAUUACCAGAUAACCAGUGCGACGACGCCCGAGAUGGCUGCGACAGCUUUUCAUCCGUCGGGGUUUUCGGUGGCUCCUAUGGGGGCUUUCUCUGCCACUAAUAACGCUGUUCCUCACCCAGAACUUGUCCCUAGCCAAACGAUUGACCCAAACGCCUCUUGGGAGCAUCCCGCAAUGGGAAACCCAGCGCAGAUGAUGUGGACAACACCACAGGGCCAAAUACUCGCAGCAGGAGGAGCACCGCCUCAUCCACAAAUGCUCGGUCCAGCCGCUGCAGCACCUUAUACAGUACAACUAGACGGGACAUUGUGGCCUGCACCACCGCAACGCGCCAUGACGAUUCCUUCUCAGGCGGAUAUAUAUUCUCAUCCUCCUCCCCAGGGGCAUCCGGGGUUUGCAUCGAGCAUACCCCCCGAAUUGAAACGAAGCAUGACCAGUCCUGCCGUCUCACGUUCUCAAAUUUCCCCUUUGCAAAGUCCCGCGACAUCGCAAAUGCAGGUUCCAGUGAAUUACUCGAGCCCGCCAAUUGCAUUCCAACAGCAUCAGCCGCCGCCACCGCGGCAGCCAUGGAGUAAUAUGAACACCAUACCGAUGGGUGAUGGCAGUUAUGCAACGAUGUUUGCUGCUCCCCCUGAUCAGUUCCCCAUGGGUCAACAUCCGACCACGGGGCCGUAA